AUGGCGUCAAAGACUCCUUCGUCUUCGUCGUCAAGGCGACCAAGGACGACUACACAUGAUGUUGGUGUGGGAUCCUUUCAUAUCGACAAGGAGAUUGGUAAAGGGAGCUUUGCCACUGUCUAUCGAGGCACACAUAAACCCACUGGAUCUCUCGUGGCGAUAAAGUCUGUAAACCUAGCCAAACUCAACAAGAAGCUGAAAGAUAAUCUAUACUGCGAAAUCGAAAUAUUGAAAGGUCUCCAUCAUCCUCAUAUCGUUGCCCUGAUCGAUUGCAGAGAAUCUACGUCACAUAUACAUUUGAUGAUGGAAUAUUGUGAAUUGGGGGAUUUAUCAUAUUUCAUCAAGAAGAGAGAUAAGCUGGCCGAUAACCCUACACUCACUGAGAUGAUCCGGAAAUACCCUAUGCCAAUCGAUGGCGGACUCAACGAAGUUAUCGUUCGACACUUUUUCAAACAAUUGGCUAGUGCUAUGGAAUUUUUGAGGGAUCGGGGGUUCAUACAUAGGGAUGUCAAGCCACAAAACCUUCUUCUACUUCCAUCACCGGAUUGGAUGGCAAAGAGGAAAGGUGCACCAGAAGUCAUGACAGCAAGCAAGGAACCUAUCGUACCUAUGGUUGGAAUCAACUCACUACCAAUGCUUAAGUUGGCAGACUUUGGAUUUGCUCGAUCGUUACCGUCUACUUCGCUUGCCGAGACUCUAUGCGGUUCACCCCUAUACAUGGCACCUGAAAUUUUACGUUAUGAGAAGUAUGAUGCACGAGCUGAUCUGUGGUCGAUUGGAACCGUUCUUUACGAAAUGAUGACUGGAAAACCACCAUUUAGAGCAUCGAAUCAUGUUGAAUUAUUACGCAGAAUCGAACAAAAUGAAGAUGGCAUUAGAUUCAGUAGUAAGGCAGUGAUCAGCAGAGAGAUGAAGGAUAUCGUUCGAGGAUUUCUCAAGAGAAAACCAGACGAUCGAAUCACCUUUAAAGAUUUCUUUGCCCACCCCGUUGUGACUGGACCAAUUCCUGGCCUGGUUGGGGAGGAUCGACUCCAGGAAAUUGUUACGUCCUCGAGAUCACCGGAAGCCUCGAUAGCCCGGCAUACAUCUUUGAGAGAACACAGAGCUGGAAAUCGACUUUCUGAGCAUCUUGAGAUGGCACAGGAACCAGCCAUUGCGAGAGAUACGCUGGAGCAAUCUCCAAGAGCUCCAGAUAUAGAAGCCAACCAACAUUUCGGAACACCAGCUCGUCAGCCUGGCCGUCCAGGGUCAAGCGAUCGGCCUUCCGCAAUUUCUACUGCAACUGCUCCAAACGCAGAUACCUUACCAAGGCAAAGAGACCGCGCGGAACGACAGUUUACUCCGAUGGGAAGACCUGGAUCCAGGAAACAAUCCUACGAUGAACAAGAGAUACUGCAUGUACAGGAAGCGAUUCCAUCUAGUGAUUCAAUAACAGAAGCCGAACAGGCUGUUCGAGAUGCUAGAGAAUAUGUUCUCGUUGAGAAGAAAGCAGUUGAAGUGAAUGCCUUUGCAGAUGAGAUGGCUGCAAGUCCACGACUUACACAUGCCAAUCAAUUACCGAAGCAAUUGCCUAGAAGACACACAUCCAUGGGGGCCCUAAAUUCGACAUCAGGAGCGGUAUCUGUACCACCUUCACGUGCCGUGCAGAAAGCGCAAGGAAAUACUCGACCAGAUACAUCAGCCAGAAAUUCAUACGGCUCAUAUGGUAAACUUGGUAGCAGCCCAUCAACUGCUUCAGCUAUAGCGAAAGCACUUCAGGGCGCCAGCGUGAGGGUUUUUGGGGUUUCUUGGUCUCCAACACUCAUUGGAAAAGGUCCUCCACAACAAUUAUACAAUCCUUAUCCCAUUUAUCCAACACCUAAUGCGGGGUUGAUAGGAGAUGGCCGACCUAUUGAUGAGGAUCAAAGAGUUGUGAAUGUUAUAGAGGAUUGUGCAACUCGAAGUGAUGUUGUUUAUGGAUUUGCUGAAGUCAAAUAUCGACAACUCAUUCCAUUGGCUCCAUCUAUGAACCACGGCCUUGGGGGUUCAAAUGCCGAAAAAGUGGGCGAGGCAAUGGAUGAAGAUGAUGGUUUAACUGUGGAAGCUAUCGUGAGUUUAUCCGAGGAAGCACUUGUACUAUAUGUCAAAUCAUUAUCCCUGCUCUCAAAAUCUAUGGAUAUCGCUGGAGCUUGGUGGUUACGAAAGAAUCGGGGCGAAAUCAUCAGCGGAGGUCACACACCACGAAGCGACCCGUCGUCAGCAGUUCAAGCUGGAAAUCGUAUCAAUGGUGCAGUUCAAUGGGUUCGAACCAGAUUCAACGAAGUCUUGGAGAAGGCCGAACUUGUUCGACUCAAAUUGAUCGAGGCUCAAAAACGACUUCCCGAAGAUCAUCCGGGGCAUCCGAGUAAUCAUACAACCGCCUCGAGAUUAGUUGGUGGAUCUUCAACCACUGAUGGUGUUGUACUGAGCUCUGGUAUCACUGCUGAGAAGUUGAUGUAUGACCGUGCUCUUGAGAUGAGUCGCACAGCUGCUAUUAAUGAGUUAGCAAACGAGGAUCUUCCUGGUUGUGAAAUUUCAUACACUACCGCCAUUAGAAUGCUUGAAGCUGUUCUCGAAAAUGAUGAAGAGCUUAUUCCUCGAAAGAGAUCAUCUAACUUGCGAGAAGACAAGGAGAAAUGCGAGGGUGGAGAAAUCAAUGGUAUCAAUAUUGGGGAUAGGAAGGAUGUUUUGAAAGUCCUUCAAAUGAUCCGUACCCGUCUUCAUGUCCUUAAAAAGAAAAUGGCAGUCAUCGCUAAACAUCAAUCGAUGCCACCUCAACCAUCUCCACGAUAUAGUCAUAGCGGAGGAACCACACCUACUAUUGCUAAUACACCACCGCAUUAA